AUGUCUACAGGUGUGGUCUUGUGCUUGCGAAGACCUAUGGUCAAGCUGUACUAUUUCAUAGUCUCCACAUGGUUUAUUUUCGCCUUCAUUCAUGGUAUCCAACCGUGGAGCCACAGUUGCGAAGACCUCAUCAAAGCGUGUGCCCUGAAAUGCCAUCAGCACCAGCCCUUGCUGCUGGCGACUUUCAACAUGGACUGCAGUUUGCAGGGCCAAACCACCGUGCACAUCGUCAUGGCCACCCUGCUGCUAUCGUCCAGGCUGAUUCCGGCCCUGAGGAUGAUGUACAUCAACUGGGUUCUAAUCCUCUUAUAUCUCCUGGCCACGGUCUGUGAUUCCAUGCCUCUCUUCAUUGGGACUCAGCGGUUACAUUUCCACGAGCAAGACGUUUGGAUUACAGCCGCCAUCCUCUUCUUCGUGACCUUGCUGGCGGGCCGGCGAAAGUUCUUUAUGGAAAAGGGGCAGAGGUCCAAGUUCUUCUAUGAUCAAGAACAGCAAGCGGCGACGAAGCGGAUUUUCCACAUCUUGGAGUACAUGGUACCCUUUCAUGUCAUCCUGCCGAUGUUGAAGAACCCUGGUGCCGUCAUCGCGGAGCAAAAGCAACAAGCGUCCAUUCUCUUCGUGAUGGUCGAAAAUUUCGACGACCACGCUCGACAUCUGGGAGCUGAAAAGUUGAUGGAGUUCUUGAACAGCACGUUUACGAUGAUGGAUUUGAUUUGCGCCGAACAUGCGGUGACGAAGAUUGAGACGGUGGGUGAGGAGUAUGUGUGUGCUGUGGGAGUCGUGCCCGAAGACGAGCAAGAGGCCCCCGAUGCCUCAGAGCAGGGUUUUAGUUGUGAGGAUCAUUUGAUGUAA